AUGAGGCGGCUACUGGGGUCGUCGGAGGGCGGUUCGCGCGUGGGCGUGGCGCUGCUGUUCGUCGCACUCGUCGUCGCAUGGACCGUCGCAUACUUCGCCACGGCGCACUUCACGCUGCUCACUUCGCCGUCCGCCUUCGCUCUUCUCCCAGCCGGCAAUGCCACCUCCCGUGCAUGGCUUCAACGGCUGCAAAGUAGCCUCUCCGUGCUGCCGCAGCAGGGACAACCGCCACAGCAACGGAAGGAGCAACAGGAGAAUGGGCAACAGAGUGAACAGCAGGAGCAGGGGCAGCAGGGCCAGCAAAAGGAGCAGAGCGCCAGCCAGCAGAGCGGCGACGAGCGGGACGUGCGGGACAAGCGGGAACAGAAACCUGCGAAGCAGAACGACUCGGCGUCGCACGCUUCUGCGAACGAACUUUUAACGCAGGAGCAGCAGUCGCAGCAGCACGUGGGGAAACAGGUUGACACUGCGAGUGUUGAUACUGCUGCCAAUGACGGCCCGGUUGCCAUCUGCCUCGUGGGCGGCGCUCGGGACUUCGAGGCCACGUGGCCUUCCAUCCUGCGCCACGUCAUCAGCCGCUACCCGCCAGCUCACCUCUUCCUGCACUCGCCGCUGGACGAGCGUGCCAGCAAGCUGUGGGCGCUGCUGCUCGCCUCCCCUGCCAAUGCCACCACCGCCUCCUCUGCUGCUGCGGCUGCUGCUGCUGCUGCUGCUGCUACCAACAGCACACAGAGUGCAGUGAGCACGGCAGUUAGUAUUGCAGCGGUGCGCAUCUUCCCCAGUGCGGACAUCCCAGAGACGGACGAGCACCGCACGGUGCUCACCGGUAGCGGCUCGCCACACGGCAUCCAGAUGGGGCACGUGGUGUGGGGGCAGCAUGGCAUGUGCAUGGAUGGAGUAGGCAGUGCUGUGUUGGAUACGCGGUGUUGCUGGUGGUGGGGUGGUACGCAGUAUGGGCACCAGGGCCUGCAGAGGAACGGACUAACACCGCCAUACUGCGGUCUGCUGCAGUAUUUCCGGCUGGUGGAGGGCUGUGUCGAUCUCAUCGCCACCCACCAACAGCAACACAACAUCUCCUACCGCUGGGUCAUCCGCACGCGAGUCGACGGCUACUGGACCGCCCCCCCUCCCCUUUCCCCCGCCCUCCACCCCUCCGCCUACACCAUCCCCUUCGGAUUCGACUGGGGGGGCCUCAACGAUCGCCUCAGGAUUGGCUCCUGGGCGGCCUCUCAAGUGGCUCUCAGGCGUUUAUCCGCGUUACAAGACCUGUUCAGUGCGGGGUAUAGGGCGCUGACGUCCGAGAAGGCGUUUCGGGCACAGAUGGAGGCUGGGGGGGUGGCGGUGGCUCGGAAGCAUUUUCACUUCUGUGUGGUCACGCGGAGGCGGUCGAGAGGAGGCGAUGGGUGUGCUGCCAUGAUGUUUUCAACAGCGACCUAUGGGCCGCUAAACGGUGCCAAGUGCUGGCCCUGCUCGUCGCCGUGUGCUUCUGAUGAUCAGGCGGCGGCUAUCAUCAACACAGUGCGCGCAGUGGGCGGCAUCAACCGCCACCCGUUGCCGCCCGGGCUGCAGCUGUGCGACGCGAAGCAGGCGUGGGAGGGCGGGUGGGAGCGGCAGUUCGACCGGGACGUGGAGCGGCAGCGAGGGGGGGAGACGCUCAGCUGGCAGCGCCGCAACAUCGCCCGCGUUGCUGCCAGCCUUGCGCACUGCACGGAACAGUUUGACAAGGUGUGGUGCGUGGUUGACAAGGUGUGGUGCGUGGUUGACAGGGUGUGGUGCGUGGUUGACAAGGUGUGGUGCGUGUUUGACAAGGUGUGGUGCGUGGUUGACAAGGUGUGGUGCGUGGUUGACAAGGUGUGGUGCGUGGUUGACAAGCUCAAGGCCAUGAGUGUGACGUGGGACUCGCCUCCCCCAGUGGCUGUGUGCAUCCGGGCUCAACUGGGGGAGGCAGAGCUGAUGGGCAGCAAGACCGGCGAGUUCAACACCUUCACUUCGCUGCUCACUAGCAAAAGGUGUGGGGUCAACUGGGGGAGUUAA